AUGAGUGGAGCAACGGUUGAAAUAAAUGGUAUUGACACAGAAUCCAAAAGGUCUGACAAGAAAUGUCGUUACUGUGGAAGAUCUCAUUCUAAGAAAUCUAGACAAGAAUGCCCAGCUGAUAGUACAACAUGUAGCGCCUGUGGUCGCAAAAGAUCUCAACAUCAACGCAAGAGAAAUGUUUUCAACAUAUCAGCUAAUAGACAUACAGUCGAACAAGAUAUGGAGCUUUUUACCUUCCAUGCAAUCACAAUCUCAUCCAUGUGCCUACAGGGGGAUAUGGAGACAGAAGCCUUAACAACUCUAGACAUCCAACUAGAAGAUCGACGUGGAAAUCACAAACUGAAGUCGAAGGUAGAUACAGGAGCAGCUGCGAACACAUUACCGCUCCGAAAGUUCUGCGACAUGUAUCCAAGACGGAUAAAAACAGAUGACUCAAUUACACACAACUCACCAUUCAUCAAACUUAGGGUCUACAACGGUACUGAAAUCCCAUGUCAUGGAGGAAUCUGGAUCAACUGCAAAACUGGAAAUUGUGACUGA